AGUCAAGUGUUUGUGGAUACGACCUUGCGACCACAAAAUUUCAUCCACGACAUGGACCUGAGCAGUCGGUACGAGGAUUACCGGAAAUUGGAGAGAGUAGUCAAGCUGAAGGACGAGAUUAUUAGAAGUACUAUCCUUUUAGGACUUGUUUGGUCAAGCUCAAGGACGAGAUUAUUAGAAGUACUAUCCCUUUAGGACUUGAUUGCGCUUUAUUAUAACUGAUUCCAACGGCUGCGUUAAUUCGCUCGAGGAUGCAGGUAAAACUGUGGGCGACGGACUGAAUCCUAAUCCUAAUUCCAAGUACGUAGAUGCAACUUACACACCCACUGAGUUUGGACGCGGGGUCCUUUUUCUCGGCAUAUCUCGUUCAAUUAGACGCAUACUACUUGUUACACAAAACAGAUCUACUCGAUCUUAUCAAGACGUCUCCAUAUGACUAGUGCCCUCCAAAGCCAAUGCAACUGUAGUACUACUCCUUUCUUCAACAAAGUAAGUAACUACUUAUGAUUAAUAUGAUCUACUGUAGAUUUCCUCCAAAUUAUAGCUACUUAUAAUUCCAAACCCAAACUAUCAAACCAGACCGCGCCACUCCUGCGAUGGGGCUUCGCUGCGACCUCAAAGACUUUUCGCUUAAAAGUUUAGACAUGAGGUUUGACGUAGUUGUCAUCGACCCGCCAUGGAAAGAGUAUUGGAGAAGAACAGGAGGUCUAGACGUGUACGGUGAAGACGUGACCCCAUGGACCUUCCAGGAAAUUGCAUCCUUGAAGUUGGAGGUAAUGACGGUUAUAACUUGGUCUUUGUCGUGUUUGUGUAGACUACUUCAUUUUGUGCUAAAUCUGUACAACCUAUGGAGGAAAUUAUUUUUCUGUCCUCUCUCUCUCAGUGCUCUGUGAUCAUGCAUACCUGUGUUUUGUCUUGCUUGAUUCCCGAUGCCACCAUUUCCACAUUAUUCCUUCGGUGCCCACCCACUCAACUCUCGUCUCACUCUCGCAAUCUUACACACCUCUCGCAAUCUUCCACACCUUGCUUUCCCAAUCUUACUACACACCCCAGGACGUCAUGGCCGAGCGCUGUUUCGUUUUCCUCUGGGUAGGCGAAACCCAUUUGGAGGAAGGCCGAGCCCUGUUCAAUAAGUGGAAUUUGAGGAGGAUUGAGGAUAUUUGCUGGGUGAAGACGAACCGGACAUGGAAGGACUGUAACCCUGAAGUUAAGGGUUCUUACCACAAUGUAAAUUCUUCACUACUGUCGCAUUGACGUUUUUUCCAGUAGGGAAAGGGUCAGGGAUGAUCUGAAGAAUGCAAUGUCGCAACCUCUAAUGAAGAGUACGUGGACAGGCGAAACACCAACUUCCUGGACAACGACAGCUAUUUUGUUCGGACCAAAGAGCAUUGCUUGAUGGGGAUACGGGGUAAUGACUUGUAUAUUUUCGUAGAUUUUGGCUUUUUGGUGUGAAUGAUGUAGAUGUUUUGCAUUUAUUUAGUUAUUGUGGAACUUUUUUGACUAUCUAAGGUUUACCCGCUUAUUUGAGUUGUAGAGAUGAAGAGAUGCCGGGCUGCACUGCAAUUCAAUUCAUCUCAGCCCUCUGAGCUUGCUUUGGUAGACGAGAUCACACACUCGCUAGAAAAUCUUCUUUUCUCUGUCCUUCAGGCACCGUUCGUCGCUCCGUGGACACGAAUUUCAUCCAUGCGAACAUCGAUACCGAUGUGAUUAUUGGGGAAGAGCCUGAAUCUUUUGGCUCCACCGAAAAGCCGGCAGAGCUCUACGAGAUUAUAGAGCAUUUUUGCCUCGGCAGACGCCGGCUCGAACUUUUCGGCUGUGACGGCAACUUGAGAGAUGGUUGGGUCACUCUGGGUCGCGAUAUUACCACUUCCACCUGGGGAGCCAAGACGUAUGCGUCGUUUUUUGAGGGGAACGAACACACUGAGCAGUGGCCAAAAUGCCGCAACUUUCGUGGAGGACGCUUACUGGGCUCAGAUCCUGUGAUAGAAGUGCUCAGACCGAAAUCAGUAGAGAGGGAAAGGGAGAUGCAGAAAGUGCUCAAGGAGGAGGAAACGAAAGUUAUGUUGUGCGACAUCACAGUGAUGUAGCCAUUUGUCUUCUGAUACAACUGUACAAAUAUUAGGGUCGUCCUUUGCAGCAACAUGAGCAUGAUACGUAGCACCUUCAUAAGAACUAGUACCUCGUCCAUAAGAGCUAGUACCUCGUCCAUAAGAGCUACCUCCAUAAGAGAAAGUAAGAAGGAGAGAAGUAGAAAAGAUCGUCUCGACCCUGUUCUAAUUGCAACGAGAAGCAGCGCUUGCAGCGAGAACAAGAGGAGGACGGAGAGCGUAUCUUGGCUGAGGAUGCUGGAGAGCAGGGGGAUCAGUUCGUGGAUGCUCUCGACAAUCUGCAGGACAUCCCAGAGAACCUAGACGAAAUCGUGACGAGAAUGGCCAGUACGGUGGUGUUGCCCGGUGAACAGGUGAACGUCGAGGAAGGGACUGGAGCUACUAAAGCAACAUCUUCAAGUUCGACUAGUAAGCCAAAUGCAGAAGUUCUUAUUUUUACUAGUAGUACUAGCAAAAACCCUGGUGCAAAAAUGACAACAAUUUCUUCCUCUUCUGCAACUUCUACAACUUCUGCCAAUCCAAGUGCAGUCCCCUCCGCACCGCCUCCUUUAUUCCGGAAAGAGGACGAUCCGGUUACCAGUAAGGUGUCCAAGUUGAUGUCAGCAGACAGUACCACAGCUCCGCGCGGCACCGUCGCUGCGCCGAAAGCGUCUCCCGGAGGUUCAGCUGAUGCGGCUUUCGCAGACAUGAUACACAUGGGAGAGCCGGAGAGUGAUGAGGAUGACGACGAUCAUGGAAAAGGUGGAGGAAAAAUGGGAGGAAUAAGUAGCUAUCAUCAGCACAAUAACAAAUUUGGUCACAUGAAAGAUGGACAUCUUUUUAAAGGAGGAGAAUUUAGCUCUAAAAUGGGAGGUGGAAAAGGAGGCGGACUGUAUCAAGGGGAGCCAUAUGGGAUGAAGCCUUUCGGAACCCCUGGUGGAAAGAUACCCCCACUCAUGAUGAGCAUGGACAAAAGUGGUGGGAAGAUGAAUCCGAAUAUGAUGUUCCCUGGAGGCGCUAUGAAAGGCUAUAAUCAUCCACCGGGGAUGUUGUAUCCCGGAGGGAGCGUAGUUGGCGCGAGUGGCCCGAAAGGUUCUGGAGGUGCUAAAGAUCAUACGCCAGAACAAGGCUACAAUGCAUUCAAUACUGGUGCCGCGGGAGCGCCCAUAGUGCCUCCUCCUGGGUCCGCUCCUCCUGAGCACGGUCCUUCUGGACAUCCUCCUGCUGCAGGCGACGCCAACCCGACCCAAGAUGAAGACAUGAAUUCAAACCCUCCGUCGAUCGGUCCCCCACCUGGAGUCGAACAAUUAGCGAGUUCAACAUCUUCAACUUUACAACCUGGUGGAUUAUCAUUAUUGUCGAGUGCAAAGCAUGGGGUAUCUGUUGUCAAGGGAGGUAGUGGAGGAUCCUCAGCUAGCAGUUGUAGUAGCACUAGUGGUAUUCCAGCAGGGGAAGGCAUAGGAGGACCUCCAAGCGCACCUCCUGGAGUACUAGCCACUUCUAGCAGCUCUAUGCCGCCUCAUCACGACGGAACAUCAAUAGAGAGUAAUAAACGGCCGCACUCUUCUAGUACCGAAGAUCAACUACAUACUGCUACUGGAGUAGAACAACCAGUUCCGAAGUAUUCUUCAAGUGUGACAAAAAUGUCCACUCCCAUUAUUCCUGCUUCAGUACCUCCACGCCCUCUAGGACACGAGACAGCUGCUUCACUCUCAGGCCCACCCAUCAACGCUUCUCCCAACACUACCACUAGCUUGGGUGGACAGAUGGAACAGCAGAACGACGGUUCCACCUCGAAAGCAGCUGCUGUCCCACCAUGGAAAAGAUUGAAGAAGUCGAACUCCUCAAAGGAAAGCUCCACUUCUCAAACAGCAUCCUCAGCAGAGGAGACUAACAUUAAGGCUCGCGAUAAUUCAUUUCCACCUAUCAUUUCCCUUCGUUUUCUUCUUACCACUGCUCAGAAGAACUCCUGAAGGAAAGAAUUAACGCAUACAUCACCAGAAGCGUACUAAUAAUUGAUGUAGAAUUACUUAAAGAUGAAAUGGAUUGUGUAGAAUUACUUAAAUAUGUAAUUUCCGUGGUUUAACUAUGAAAUGAAUUGUUCUUUUGUUCUCUAAUAUUAACUACGUCUAAGAGGUAGUACAUGACAUGACAACUUUUGAUCUCUAAGAACAAGACUGUAGCAGCUGCAAGCUUUUUGGUACCACCAUCAGCACAGAACUUGAUGCCCACAGGAAUGCGGCCAGUACAGCCGGGACCGGGAGGUUCCUCGAGUAGUAGUUCCUCGUUCCCCCCUCAAGGUAAUAUGUCGUCAAACAAUAAAUACGAUAAGAAGGGCUCCAAAUACGGCAGCGGGGGUAAGAAUAAGAUGAUGAAGGGAGGCAAAAAUAGUAAAAAAGGAGAGCGAGGAGAAGAUCAUUUUGGUUCUGCAGAGCAUCACAAGGGUGGAGGCAAGAACCAUAACUCUAUGAGCAAGGACUCAAUGGGCAAGGACCACACCCCUCAAGUAGUCGGAGGUUCUCUCAUUCCUCAAGUAGUUGGAGGCGGCGCUCCUCCUGGACUUAGCAGUUCGUCAAGCUCAAGUUCAGCGUUCCCACUCAACCUACCACUAGGAGUCAAUACGAGUGCAGGAGAGGGACUAGCAUCAUCAAAGCCUCCGGAUGCUGUAGUAGACCCAGACGACUUAACCCCAGCAGCCAAGCGCAUGUGGGAUCCCAAUAGUGCGAAGAAAAAAGCUGCAGGAUCAGCAGGAGACCAACUGCCUUUGAAGAUGCCAUCACCUGAUUUGAUGCCACCUAUAAUAGAAUUUUCGAGACCACCACCUCCAGGAGGAGAUUUGGUCAACAGACCUCCUCCAGGAGACUUCGUCAGGCCUAAUAGGUCUUCUAGAACGAGAGAAGGAUAUGGUGGUGACAGAGAAGGGUCAGGAAAAGGUAGUCGAGACCACCAUGGAGUUGGAGGUGGGGGUAAGAGCAGAGACAAUUACAAUAUUAAUAGAAGUGGGGGUGGUCACGCUGGUCAUGGUGGAUAUCGUGACCGCAUCGACCAAUACAGAGACCAUGGUGCCAAUCGUGGUGGUCGAGAUCAUCUAGAUAGGGGUGGAGCUGGAGGUGACCAGCAUCAUGGUAGCAGCUAUACUAGGUCUCAUGGAGGAAAAGAUGCUGGAGGUAAAAGAAAUAACAAGGGCUGGGACGACAAGGGCCAUCGGGACCAUAGAGGAGGGGAUAGACGAGACGGCGGUGGAGGGGGUAAAGACUGGUGGGGGAAAGAACAGAAGUGGUGAGGUGCUGGAGACGCUUCACUGAUAUCAUGUCGUUUGUUUGCUGUUUCACAGCAUGUUGCAGUAGUGGUGCCUUCAAUAUCUACCUUGUUUAAGAUCAAGACUCCAUGAUCAUAAGGAAUCCCCGAAAAGACGGAUCGUUGGUCAAACACGACUCCUGUAACGCUAUCAAUCCGACUCUGACACGACUGACGUCUCGUAGUAUCAAAGCCAGACGCAU